AUGACCAACCUCAAUGAAGGCGGGUGGUACACUUGCGUAGUAGCAGAAGUGGAGGAGACGCAGGAGAUUGUUGGAUACUGCGUUUGGGAAUGGUACGAGUACGACGAGAAGUACAAGAGAAUUGACGAGGCCUACAGACCGACCAAAGUCCAGGCAAUUUGGGAUUUGAUGGGCGCCGAGGAACCAACACAUCGGCCUCCGCGGUCAUACGGCCCUGAAGCAUACCGAGACCCAUUUCUGCAGGCUAGAUGGCACGCUGAAGGGCCGGGAAGUAACUACGGUCUUUCCCACGAAGCCCUUCUCGUUACCUCGGGUUCGACAGGCUUUUCCCAGUUCUGGCAGAUCGACCAUGUGGCGGUAGAUCCGCGCUCCGAGUACAGCGAUGUGUGGGAGAAGCUGAAAUGGGCCUCUACCACCGGCUCGGGUUCAGAUAUAGGGGCUCGUUGA